GGAGCACGCGCACAGGUUCACGCAGUGAGGGAGAACCGAGUCAUAAACGCAGUGGAUCAUAUGCCGACAGAUCACCCCACGUUUUUACACUGAUACACACUAGUAUAUGGUAGGAUAAAGCAAGGCUUUAUUUUCGUCUUAAUUCUUGUGGCACCACCUGAACGUCGAUGUGCAACUGUUUAUUUAAAUUCAAAAUGAGAAAGAUCCUAAUUAUUUUUGCAGUCAUUUUGCAUUAGAUUAAGUUCUCAACGAAUCAGAAACCCUAAAUUUAUUCGGACAUAUAAGCUUGAUUUUGCCACACAUCAGUUGUCAUAAACAUCUUGGGAAUGGAUGUGAACGCUGAGGCCAGCAUUCCCACUGCUGCCCCUGGUGCAGUGGAGGAAGAACAGCAACAGCAACAAUCAGAGCAAAAAUCAGAGCAAGAGACCAGUCAGCAACCAGAUAUAGAGUCGGACCUCACCGCCAACACCUCACAGCCAGUCAAGACCGAGCAACAAGAUCCACCCCCCACCACAACACCUACCCCCGCUGGAGACCCCGCCCCCUCUCAGGAUGCCCCACCCAGAGAUCACCUGACAGUCAUCGACGAGAAUAUGGGAACAAGUAAUGGUGUUUGCCCUGGUCCUAUCGAAAGGUCUCCGAGCGCUGCUUCUCCUCCUCGUCAGCAGCACGCCAAGCCCAACCAUGAGCACGCAAACGGGCGAGCCAGGCUGAGCAGCCGCUCCGGGUCAGUGAGUCACGCCGGGUCACCUCGACCGUCACUCACCCGACAGCCCAGCGCAGCCACUGAUGUCGGAGACGGACCCAAACCCAACGAUUAUCUCAUAUGGGCGAUUCUGGCCUGCCUCUGCCCUGUCUGGCCCAUUAACAUCGUCGGCUUGACCUUCUCAGUCAUGUCUCGAAACAGUCUGCAGCAGGGCAAUGUGGAUGGUGCGCGUCGUCUUGGCCAGAAUGCAAAAAUCCUGUCCAUCGUGUCAUUGGUGGGUGGGAUUGUCAUCAUUAUUAUUACUAUCGUCAUCAACUGGGGUGGUGAGUAUCUUUCCCAUGAGGCCAGAGCAUGUGAAACUGAAUGCAAGUUUAGAGCUGACUUUGUGAUUUGGAUCAAUGUCAAGCUGAAGCUUUAGCUCACAGUCAGGAUGUGAAUGAGAUCUGAUUACAGGUGAGAUUGAUCUUUGGCCUGUAUCUAAUGGAUCUAAGUUUGUUGUUUUAUAGUUUGUAUAAGUAGUGAUUUUCACAGGUAACCUGUUUAUAUGUCUGACAUC